AUGUGCUAUAUUCUGAGGCAUUCAUCAGUCUUUUUGCCCAUUAAAAAGAGUGAUUACUUUCAGGUGACUGGUGUUCCACUCAACAUUGUUCUGCACAAGCCUAUAUUUGCCAGUACCAUGGCAAGAAAACAACAAUCCAGAUCUACAAAAGUCAAAUGUCCUACGUGCCACGUGUUGCGUAAUGCAAAGAUGAAACUAAACAUAACUGGAGGCAAUCGUGGCAACAGUUCAGACUCUGCGUUUUACUGUUCAGAUAACACUCAGAGAUAUGAUGCUCUACAAAGUUCUGGAAGUUGUGAUGCUGAAAGAGUUAUAAAGCCUAAUUGUCCAAGUGAUGGAUGUAACUGUUCCAAUUGCUUUACCCGGAAGCCUAGGAAAAGAAAAAGAUUGUACAGCUGGCAGCGCCGCAGUAAGCAGAAGCAGUUCUGUAACGAAGAUAAGUUGACAGAGUUAAGUAAAUUAAACGACAGUUAUUACACUCUGUGUAAUCUCUUAUCAGAUGGCUCAGCUGCUGGAGUGAAUGGUCAAACACACUCCUUGAAGCAUACUGCAGAUAACAUUUCUAUUGGAAUGAACAAUGGUGAAUUUGUUUCACAAACUGAAGAGCCAUGCAAUGUACCUGUCCUGUCAUUAAAGAAGUCACCUAGCUCUGUGUUAGAUACUAGUCCUUCCCAGGAUCUAUUGUGUGGUUACGGUAAAUCAGGAGUCCAAUGUACAAGUCCCAAAGUAGGACCCUCCAGCUACCCACAACUGAAUAGUGGUUCCAUCUGUUUCAAUUGCUUAAUGUUGAAUGCUUCGAAAUGUGUGUCAGUAGAUUCUUUGAUACCAAGACAGGCCAUUUUCUAUAACAAAGAAAUAUCUGAGAAUAUCUUCCAUCGCAGCAACUUGACAAAUAAAAGGAAAGGACCAGACGCACUGUCUUUAUUAAAGCGCAUAUUUGGAAUCAAGGAAUGCUGCAUAAAGUUCUUCCAAUGUGAUUGCCAUGGAUCUUCCAGACCAAAUUCUAAUUGCCUGUAUCAUUGGAUGCUUCAACUAGUGAAAAAUCUCGUAAGGAAUUCUAAACGCUGCCAGUACAAGAAACUAUUUCUGAAGCAUUGUUCUGUUAAGUCUAAGGUGGCAAAAGAUGGGCUCCCUUCAGGCAACAUACAAUAUUCAACAGGAGGAAAAUCAGCAUAUUGUGGUGAAUCUUUUGCUCAGUUGGAAGCUUACAGUACACAUCAGCAAGUAGUAUCCUUUGUCUGGGCAGUGUUGACACGGAUCAUACCACAGCCUUUGUUAGGGAAUCCUUCUAGUAAGAGAUCCUUAAGGAUGAACCUUUGGAAGUUUAUAAGGUUACGCAGGUUUGAAACAUUUCAAGUAACUGAUUGUAUUUGUGAGUUGAAAGCACCAGAAUAUUCUUGGCUAUCAAAAAUUGGAUUCACUAGUUGCUUUUGUUCUGUACUACUUGGAGAAGAGACUGGGCUGUCAAAUGGUACAGAGGAGCAGAAACAGAACAAUCUCUUGCAUUGUUGGAUUAGCUGGUUAUUUUCUGACAUUGUGAUCCCAUUGAUCAGUACAUACUUUUAUGUUACAGAAAGAGAAACAAAGCGAUAUGAUGUUUUCUAUUAUCCAAAGUCAGUGUGGAGGAACCUAACUAGCAAUACUAUUGCUUCCUUAAAUGCGCAGAGCUUCAAGAUUUUGCGUCGUACAUCGAGGAGAGCAAUAAAACAUUUGUACCGUUCUUCAAGAGUGAGAUUUCUUCCAAAAGCAAAAGAUAUCAGACCAUUAGUAAAUUUUAAAUCUCAGUCAAAGGAUGGUAUUCUCAACAAGUGUCAUUUAGUUAUUAAAAAAUUAAGGGAUGAUAACCCAGAGAUGUUUGGUUCUUCUGUUUUUGAUUAUGAUGGUGUUUACAAAAAUCUUUCCAGUUUUAUGUCUUCAGUAAGAAGACAGUUGAAAGAGUCAAAGAUAUAUAUUGUGGUUGCUGAUGUAUCUAAGGCAUUUGAUUGUGUUAAUCAUGACGUGCUACUGAAAAUUAUGGAUGAUGUUCUGAAAGGUGAUGAGUAUGCCUUGAGAAAAUGUACCAAAGUAAUUUACAGUAGGUCUAAGAAUGUGGCUUAUCGCUUUGAUUCAAAUGUAGUCGUCAGCGACGGAAACGGUAUUAACGAUUUCUCAAUUCAGCGGUCAUCAGGUGGUGGCAUUCUAGUUGAUCAGGGAACUGUUAGUACAAUUCGGAAGGAAGAGCUUCAACGUGUCCUUUUCGAACAAGUCAAGUGCAAUAUUCUGAAGAUUGGGCAAACAUUUUACUUGCAGCAAGUAGGGAUUGCUCAAGGAAACAAGUUAUCCCCUAACCUUUGUUCCCUAUACUAUGGUCACCUUGAGAAUUCUGUGAUAUUGAAUUUUCUGCAUGAUGGAAAUUCAGGAGAUGCUAUUUCAGAACCGGAAUUUUUAAUGAUGAGGUUCAUUGAUGACUUCAUGUUUAUCUCUCUCUCAAAGAAGCAUGCUUUGAAUUUCUUUAAUAGGAUGAGAAGAGGUUUUGUGUACUACAAUACUUACAUGAAUGACAGCAAAUAUGGUUAUAAUUUCAACAUUGGAGAUAACGAGCAGUGUGAUAAUAGGCUCUACAUGGGCGAUGAUGGAGUCACUUUCAUACCAUGGAGUGGUUUGCUUAUAAACUGUGAAAAUUUAGAAAUUCAAGCUGAUUAUACAAGGUAUUUAGGCAUUACAAUCAUCUCCACGAUCACUGUGAAGAUGCAUUCUUCCAUGAAGUACCUUCGCAGCAAGCUAUGCCAUUACAUGCGUCCGAAGUGCCAUCCCAUUUUCUAUGACUCCAAUAUCAACUCACUGGGCACUGUAAGACUGAAUAUAUAUCAAGCCUUCCUGUUAUGCGCAAUGAAGUUUCAUUGCUAUAUGCGGAGCAUGCCUUAUUCCAGCAUAAGCAAACCCGAGUUGCUGCAUGUCAUUAAGAAGACCUUCAGAUACAUGCAUAGUCUGAUUGUCAGCCGUAUGCAAGAUAUGGAGCUGCAAUCCAAUGUGCGCCCAGUUCUAAAGCUAAGACGCAAAGAAACCAAUUGGCUUGGACUAUCUGCCUACAUCCGCGUGCUUCAAAAGAAACAAUCUCGUUACAAGGAUUUGUUGGCGUUGUUGAUAGCAGAGGCUGAGGGUUAUGGUCAUAUGGACCGUGAUUCUGACAGUUUGUGCUAUGCUGUGGAUGAUUCUCACUCGUCAAUGUUCUGGAAGUUCAAAUAUUAG